CCGCCUGCGGGGGGCUCGGGCGCUGGAGGUUCGGGCUCGGCUCGAGAGGGCUGGCUCUUCAAAUGGACCAAUUAUAUCAAAGGCUACCAGCGGCGGUGGUUCGUGCUGAGCAACGGGCUCCUUAGCUACUACAGGUCAAAGGCAGAAAUGAGACAUACCUGCCGUGGUACCAUCAACCUCGCCACAGCCAAUAUUACUGUGGAGGACUCCUGCAACUUCAUCAUUUCCAAUGGGGGUGCUCAGACCUACCAUCUGAAGGCUAGCUCAGAAGUGGAGCGGCAGCGCUGGGUGACAGCCCUGGAACUGGCCAAGGCCAAAGCUGUGAAAAUGCUGGCAGAAUCAGAUGAAUCAGGAGAUGAAGAGUCUGUCUCACAAACUGACAAGACUGAGCUGCAGAAUACUCUUCGGACCCUGUCUAGCAAAGUAGAGGACUUGAGCACUUGCAAUGACUUGAUAGCUAAGCACGGCACAGCUCUGCAGCGUUCCCUCAGUGAGUUGGAGUCCCUGAAGUUGCCUGCUGAGAGCAACGAAAAGAUCAAACAGGUCAACGAACGAGCCACGCUCUUUAGGAUAACAUCCAAUGCCAUGAUCAACGCCUGCAGAGAUUUCCUCAUGUUAGCCCAGACCCACAGUAAAAAAUGGCAGAAGUCACUACAGUAUGAAAGAGACCAGCGUAUCCGACUGGAAGAGACCCUUGAGCAGCUGGCAAAGCAGCAUAAUCACCUGGAGAGGGCCUUCCGAGGAGCCACAGUGCUACCAGCAAACACUCCUGGCAGUGCAAGUUCUGUUAAAGAUCAGUGCUGCUCUGGCAAAGGGGACAUGAGUGAUGAAGAUGAUGAGAAUGAAUUUUUUGAUGCUCCUGAGAUCAUCACCAUGCCUGAAAAUUUGGGCCACAAGCGUACUGGUAGCAAUAUCAGCGGAGCCAGCAGUGACAUCAGCCUGGAUGAACAGUACAAGCAUCAGCUAGAGGAGACCAAGAAGGAAAAGAGAACCAGAAUACCAUAUAAACCGAACUAUAGCCUCAAUUUAUGGAGCAUCAUGAAGAACUGUAUUGGGAAAGAACUCUCUAAGAUCCCCAUGCCGGUAAACUUUAAUGAGCCCUUGUCCAUGCUUCAGCGCCUUACUGAAGAUCUAGAAUACCAUGAGCUGUUAGACAGAGCUGCAAAAUGUGAGAACUCUCUAGAACAGCUCUGUUAUGUUGCAGCUUUCACUGUCUCCUCCUACUCCACUACUGUCUUCCGUACCAGCAAGCCAUUCAACCCACUCCUUGGGGAGACCUUCGAGCUGGACCGAUUAGAGGAGAAUGGGUACCGAUCCCUCUGCGAACAGGUGAGUCAUCAUCCCCCUGCUGCUGCACACCAUGCCGAGUCCAAAAAUGGCUGGACAUUGCGUCAGGAAAUCAAAAUCACCAGCAAGUUUCGAGGCAAAUACCUCUCCAUAAUGCCCCUCGGUAAGCUGCAUCUGGCACGGGCCUCAGGCUGCUUCUACUCAUGGCGGAAAGUGUCUUCAUAAAACUAAUCUAUGAUUCUUUUCAUUUUACAGUCUGGUGAAAUUGAUAUUGUGAAUCACAAAACGGGAGACAAAUGUAAUCUUAAAUUUGUUCCUUAUAGCUACUUUUCUCGGGAUGUAGCAAGAAAGGUGACAGGGGAAGUGACAGAUCCAUCAGGAAGAGUUCACUUUGCCCUUCUGGGGACAUGGGAUGAGAAAAUGGAUUGUUUCAAAGUACAACCAGUCAUUGGGGAAAAUGGGGGUGAUGCUCGACAGAGAAGCCAUGAUGCAGAGGAAAGCAGGGUCACGCUAUGGAAAAGGAAUCCUUUACCGAAGAAUGCAGAAAACAUGUACUACUUCUCAGAGCUUGCUCUAACUCUCAAUGCCUGGGAAGGUGGCACUGCCCCCACAGAUAGCCGGUUACGGCCUGACCAGAGACUGAUGGAAAAUGGGCGCUGGGAUGAAGCAAAUGCUGAGAAGCAGCGCCUGGAAGAAAAACAAAGACUUUCCAGAAAGAAGAGAGAAGCAGAAGCUAUGAAAGCCACAGAGGAUGGCACACCAUAUGAUCCCUAUAAGGCACUCUGGUUUGAGCGGAAGAAGGACCCUGUUACCAAGGAGUUAACCCAUAUUUAUAGGGGAGAAUACUGGGAGUGUAAAGAAAAACAGGACUGGAAUUCAUGCCCGGACAUUUUCUGAAGUGGCAGCAACAAAAAGGUCCUGGAUCUGAUGGAGAAGAGGACAGAGGAUGUGUGGGAAAGCCACAAUUGUGACUUUCUUACCAAGUGCUUUCCUCAAGUUUGUCUUUCUUGACCAAUCGUUUUUUCCAAAUCAAUCACCAGAAGCAGACACCAGUGGUGGUGAUUGGCUGGUUGCCUUAGCUGAUUGAAACUGAAAUCGACAUACUAGAUACUUAUGUUUGUAAGGGAGAGAUUUAGUGGCUGAAAGUUAGUGUUAUUCCACAUCUACAAAGUCAGGUAUUCUUGGCUCUUCUUUCUUUCUCUGCCCCCAUUUAUGAAAAUGUCAUUCACCCUCCCCUUGAAGUAUUCUGCUCAGCCAAGAUCUGUGUAAGAUUAUGAUUCAGGGGCAUUUUGGUGCUGUUCAGAGCAAGAGCUGAUUUUAGAAGUUCCCUUAAAAUGAAACACAUACUUACCAAUGGAGGCAUUAUGAAUGGUUGUGGUGGAGCUUAGGUAUAACAUGAAAUGUGUUCACACAUGGGGUCAGUUUAAUGGGGUGUCCAUGCAUAGAGAACUUAGGUAUUGGAACACCUACAAGAGGGAUUGUUCUGUAGGACUGGAAUAUUCAGAGGUACAUUCUUGGAAGUUUCUAUCUUCACUUGUGUAAAACACCCCUCUGCUGUUCUCCAUCUUCUUCAACAGCAACUGGAGGCCACUUUGGUGGAUGGGAAGAGGGUUGCAUUAUCCUCACAAAGGGGUUUUACAGACUUCCUCAGGCGGAGAACUUCUGAGAACACAGGCAGGAUGGAAGAAGACUGCUAGUCACUUGCUUUCCCAAUUCCUCCUCACCCUGAUCCUUCCUCACCCACAUCCCUCAUCGCCUUUCUAGCUUCUCUUCUGUCUGCCGGCACGAUACCAAUUUGGGCCUGUGCCCCAAUGUGGAGCAAAACAUUACCUGUCCCAUUCUGAUGUACUUCAGAAUUUGAGAGAAGUUAAUCUGGAACAAAAGUUUUCACCAUCUCUCAAGCCCUGUGGACUGGAGCCACCUCUGGAAUAAUGUGUUACAUAUCUGUAUAUUAUAUAUAUGUAGAGAAAAUCUAAUUUUUUUGUUUGAUUUUCCUCCUUCCCAUUGAGAAUCUUGUUUUUUGAUAUAACUUGUCCCCUGGGAUUCUCUCUUGGAUAUGUGUUGAUAUGGGUUGGCACUCCUCUGCUUUCCAUCUUUUAGGGACAGACAGAUUUGAAACCUGAGCAGGAUCACAUCUGGCAGUUACUGAACAGGGACUUUGUCCAUGGUUUGUUAUCCUGGGGUGCCCACUGCUGUCUAAACUCUGCUCUCCUAAUUCCCUGACUCUUGAAAAUGAAACCUUAACCUCCUUCCUUCCUUUUUUCUUUCUUUUGUUAGGAAGAGUACAAGUAGAAAGUCCGAGGAGUAAUUUCCAGUUUAAUUCUGCUUCUGUCCAGCACAUAAGCUAAAUCCCAAAAGAAUUUUCUUCCUAAGGUGUGGGGCUGAAAACACCAUCAUGUGGAGAUAAGAGAACUGCUGCUGUUGGGCCCUGGCUUCCUUCUUAGUCUGUUCUGUAUUUGUUUUAGUUGUCUUGUUCAGAAAUCUAACCCCUGUGCAACCCACCCUUGGUUGAGGAUCACGAAUUGAGGUGCCUUCCUUGUAUGCUAUUUGUUAGUGUUUUUUGUUUCUGUUCCUUAACUGCUGAACCUCAGCCAGUGUGGGUCUGGGG